AGUUGUGGUGACACCAUUCGAACCGCAUUCUUGUUUUACCACAGCAAAAAACUGAUCAAGGAACUGAGGCAAAGCUUAGCAAUCCAAAAGAACAGGAGGAAUGCCAUGAUGAGGCAGCUGCGUGCUGAUAUUGCUGAACUUCUCCAAAAUGGCCAGCAUAAGGCUGCUUUAUCCAGGCUUCACAAGGACGAGCUUAAGUUAUCAGCUUAUGAUCAAGUUGACAAGUUUUGUGAUUGUGUUGUCAAAAACCUCAAGGAUAUUAGACCUGACAGGUAAGCUAAUUUUGAUUUCGGUCUUGCUCAUUCCAGCAUCUUAUAGAGAUUUAAUUGAGCA